CAACCAUUAGCGUAAGAUAAAAUUUUUUUGGUUUCGAUGGAAUUUGAAGUGGUCAAAGUAAACCCUUAAAGCAUCCUAUAUAGGAAUGAAGGAAAGCUAGCUAAUAGCAAAACCAUAUACCAAUAAAGCAAAACAAAAAAAUGCCAUCUUCAAUCCAGCUAAUCCUCUCAUUGUCAACAGUAUUCCUAAUCAUUUCAGCUCCAAUAAUUUUGGCUAAUUCAGAUUCAAUUGAAGACAGAUUCUACCAAUGUGUCAAUCUCCACACUGAUCUUUCCAUACCAUUUCCCAAAGCAUUUUUCACCCCUAAAAAUGCCUCAACUUUUGCCUCCACUCUUGAAUCCACAGCACAGAAUUUAAGAUGUUUGGUGCCAUCCAAACCCAAACCCAAGCUCAUAUUCAAGCCAUUGCAAGAAUCCCAUGUUCAGGCAGCCGUCAUAUGCGGGAAGGAACUCGGGAUUCAGCUCAGAAUCCGAAGCGGCGGCCAUGAUUAUGAAGGGAUGUCAUACACCUCUGCUACUAAAUCAGUACCAUUCAUACUGAUUGAUCUCGCAAAUCUAAGAUCAAUUAACGUAAGUAUAGAUCAAAACAGCGCCUGGGUUGAAGUCGGCGCGACGGUUGGUGAAGUGUUUUAUCGGAUCUCGCAGCAGAGUAAAACUCAUGGUUUUCCGGCGGGACUCUGUACUAGCUUAGGAAUUGGAGGGCAUAUCACAGGAGGAGCUUAUGGUCCGAUGAUGAGGAAAUAUGGGCUCGGAGUUGAUAACGUUGUUGAUGCUCGAAUCGUCGAUGCAACCGGAAGAAUUCUUGACAGAGAAUCAAUGGGGGAAGAUCUGUUUUGGGCGAUCCGAGGUGGAGCUGGCGGGAGCUUCGGCGUUUUGCUGGCCUGGAAAUUGAGAUUGGUCCCGGUUCCUAGUAUUGUGACUGGUUUUACCGUCCCAAAAACUUUGGAGCAAAACGGAACAAAACUUCUGUAUAGAUGGCAACAAGUUGCUGAUAAACUCGACGAGGAUCUGUUCAUCAGAGUCCUCAUCCAGACAGUGAAUUCAUCCAGUGAACCCGGCAAAAGGACCGUCCUGACGGUUUAUCAGGGAUUAUUCCUCGGAAGGAUCGACAGGCUUUUGAGAGUAAUGAAACGAGAAUUUCCCGAAUUGGGUUUAACACAGAAGGACUGCAAGGAAAUGAGCUGGAUCGAAUCGGCUUUGUACAUCGCCGGAUACCCGAGUACUGUCCGGCCUGAAUUCCUGCUUCAGGGGAAGCCAUUUAUGAACAAGACUCACUUCAAAGCAAAGUCUGAUUUCGUAACAGAGCCGAUUCCAGAGCACGCUCUUGAAGGGAUAUGGGAAAGGUUUCUGAAAGAAGAUGCGCCGUUUUCGAUUUGGAAUCCUUACGGUGGGAUGAUGAGCAAAAUUGCAGAAUCUGCGACCCCAUUUCCUCACAGAAAAGGCAGAAAGAUCAUGAUCCAGUGGCUGACAGCCUGGCAAGCUGAUGAUGCAAAAACAGAGAAGAAACACUUUGGUUGGAUCAGAGAAUUGUAUGAAUUCGUGGCUCCUUACGUUUCCAAGAAUCCUCGAGAAGCUUAUGCUAAUUAUAAGGAUCUUGAUUUGGGAAUGAACAACAUCCACGGUAACACCAGUUUGAUGAAAGCAAGUCUCUGGGGUAUGAAAUACUUCAAGAACAACUUCAAGAGGCUGAUACUUGUGAAGACAAAGUAUGAUCCAGAUAAUUACUUUAGGCAUGAACAGAGCAUCCCAACCCUUCACUCCUUGUCUGAAGGAAAUGUGAACAAAUUGUUCAAUUGAAUGCUUUCCUUUUUAUUCAUGGGGCAAUAAUUUUUGAGAAUCCCAUCAGACUAUGAAGAAUUCAUGUUCUAUGUCUUUUUCUUCUUCUUUUUUCAAUAUUAAAGAUAUGUUCUUUUUACUCUUUC